UCAGUUUUGUCAUUUAUUGUUGUAUUUUUGGGCUACACAUAAACAUUAAAUAAAUAAAAAUACAAAAAUAGUUGAAGAGAACAUUAUCCGUUUAUUGUUUGUUAUUGAGUUUUACUUGGUUAAUACACGUAUUAUGUAAAAACUGGCUUCUCAUUCACACAUUCCACACACAUGCAAAAUUGAUUAGGACAAAAAAAAAAACAAAAAAAAAAGAAAGUGCUUGGGCCACAGAGCGAAAAGCUGAAAGGCCUUGGAAAAGAAACGCGAGCUAAUUGGAAAACUCAAAAAGGGAAGCAAUCACUAAGAAAAGUUGGCAAUGAACUUGUGCUGGCAAUGAACUCCAGACUUGAAGGCGCUCAACAGCUUUCGGGGCACACGAGUCCCAUGGCCAACGAAUGCAAGCAGAGUAAUCCCAAAUGGGAGUUGACAAAACUUUACAACGAGCUCAUCGAGGAGUGCAAACGCAGUCACGAGGAAGCCAUCCUGCCACGUUUCCUGCGCCACGAGUUAGAGAAGCACGCACGAGAGACCCGUCGCGACCUGGUUCGCAAGCAGCGUAAUGGCUGUGCUCCACUUUUCAUUGCCUGCAAACGUGGCGCAGUUGCGAUUGCCGAGUAUCUGAUAACCAUUUGCGAGGCGGACAUCGAGCAGCGUGGUCACUUUGAGGUGCCCGAGGACAAUAGCUUUCACUAUGUGUCCCCGCUCUGGGCAGCUGUCGUCUCUGGCAAGCUGGCUAUGGUCAAGUAUUUGGUGCGCGUCGGCUGCGACAUAAAUGCCACAUCCGAUUCGGGUUCAACGCCGGUGCGCAGUGCCUGCUACAUGACACACACUGACAUUGUCAAGUUUCUUGUGGAGAACGGUGCCGACAUCAAGAAGCCCAACAUCAAUGGCGGCACCUGCCUAAUCAACUCGGUGCAGUCCGUACAGCUUUGCCUGUAUCUGGUGCGCAAGGGGGCGGAUAUCAAUGCACGCGACAUACAGGACAAAACGGCUCUGCACUAUGCGAUACAGGAGCAUCGAUUGGAUACCACCAGAAUGCUGAUCGAACAGGGGGCCGAUCCAUUUGCCAAGAGUCGGUAUGGUGACGAUGCGCUGCGAACGGCGUGCCUGAAGGGCGCUCAUCAGAUAUUCGAUUAUUUGAAAAAGGAACUCACAUAUACGGUGGAUCGCAUCGCCGAUGCGCAUGAGCUAAUGGGCUCCACAUUUCUGGACGAGCACAAUGAGUCUCGUGUGUGCAUUCUGCACUGGCGCAUGGCACACCACAUUCGUGCCGCCUACACGCCCUACGUUGAGAAGCAGCCAAAGUUUCCGCUGUGUAAGGCAUUUGAAUAUGCCGAAGAAUUUACGACGCUUGAGGAACUCGAUAAUAUUGCCACAGAUAUGGAUGCGAUGCGUACGCAGAGUCUGUUAAUCUGCGAACGAGUGCUGGGACACACCCAUAAGGAUAUGUUGUUCCGUUUGACCUUUAGGGGUGCCUCAUAUGCCGACUCAUUGCAGCUGCAGCGUUGCAUCGAUCUCUGGAGUCUUCUGCUCGAGAUUCGCGUCAAUAAUUGGUCCAUUUUGCAUUUUGAGACAUGCUUCGCUGCCCAGGCAUUGGUGCGCCUCAUGCUCGAUCUGCAUGUACGCAACUCUAGCCACAUGCGAAGCGAUGCACGCGCUCAUUUUAUGCAUCAGGAUAAUCUACUGCCCAAGUUCUGGGAUGUGCUUGGCGUAUUUCAAACGCUUGCCGAGGGCGCUGUUGCGGUCAAGGAGCUGCUGCAGGUGCGUCCCGUCUUCCGGCGCCAGCAGGAGAACUAUGACCGUGUAUUGCGCUGCUUGGCACAUCUCAUCUAUCUGUUGAUCAAUACCGUCCACACAGAGGAUCAGCGCAAGGUGAUUUAUGAGACCGUCCACGAGACAGUGGUUGUUGGAAAUUUGCGCAGCGCCAGCACAGCAGACACCCUACUACACUUGAGCGCCUCAAGGCUGAAUGUGAUCAAAAGCGGUUAUUUCACCGAAGACAAUUUUGCCGAUAAGACUGUGUUUCCCAAUGCGGAGGUCAUCAAACUGCUUAUCGAAUGUGGCAUUGAUGUCAAUACGAAAAAUGAAGCCAAAUCAACCCCAUUGCAUGUCGCCUGUCAGCCUUACAAUUUUGAUAACGAGAUUGUACACUUGUUGUUGAAGUGUGGCGCGGACAUCGAUCAGCCAAAUCGGGCAGAAAAGCGACCCUAUGACUCUAUUGCCUCCAAUCCCACCAACACCAUACCGCUGCUCAACUUCGUCUCGCUGCAGUGCCUGUGUGCGACGGUUCUGAGUAAGCAUAAGAUAUAUUAUAAGGAUCAGUUGCACAAGCAGCUCGAGCAAUUUGUGCAUGACCAUGAGCCUUGAGUGGGUCACAUUAAUAAUUUUGGAAACACAUCUCUGUUGAAAUUGUUAGUAGGCAUAUUUAAUAUUGGCCAUAUCGAAAUUUAACCAGUGUAUCUCCUGUUACUUUUAAAACUCUACUAUUGUUAACUUAUUCGGCUUAAUGUAGUUAAAAACUCAAUAACGAAACAUACAAAACAGAAGAAAAUGAAAAUGCUGCACAAUUAUGUGUAGCAAAAGCAAAAUGUGUAAGAGAUCAACGUGAUAUUAAAUCUGCAUAGGAAAUGAAAUUGAAUCAUUAAUAUUUUAGUAAACUUACAAACAUAACUAACAGAGAAAAGCAAACCACAUGUUCUAUGCAGCUGUUCAACUAGUUCAUAACAAUAAACUGUAUACUGUACACAUAAUCUGCAUUCAAAUUUAUGCCUGAAUACUGUAAACACUUACAUCAUUAUAUAAACAAACAAAAAAACAAAAUAUAUAUAUAGUAUAUAUACAUAUAUAUAUAUACAAAUACCUAAUAUUUAUACACAUUCGAAUAGAAUAACUAAUUUAUUACAUGUUAACAAAUUGAAAUUAAACUCCAAAUGCAAUAUUGUAAAAUGUUAGUGGGCCAAAUUGAAAAACUUAUCUCGCUCUAGUUGGCUUUAAAAAAGGGAACUUGCUUUAAGAACAUUGCCUUUUUGUUUUCCAAAUAACUGCAAAAGUUAGUGCCGCCUAAGGCACUUGCUUCUCUAUCUGUAUUAAACUUGUGUGUCAGUAUUGACUCGUUUUUGUAUAUAUAUAAGUGUAUUAACGCAAACGUAAAAUCGAAUCUAAUCAAUAAAUCAAUAGUUUACAGUUUACUGACAAAUACA